GAAAAUUGUUUCAUUUCAUUGAUACGAUUGAAUAUAUUAUUAAUAUCAAAAUUUAUCCAAGAAUUAAUGAAAAACGAUACGGAAUGGCUUCAGCAUCUAGUACAAGUGCACGCAGUUUAUUUGUUGAUUCUAAAAUGCGAUUAGCAGAUAGAGUUCAAGUUAAUGUUAAUAAUAUUGCAUCACUUGCAAGACAAAUUCAAAGAGGUUCCAAAAGCAGUGAAAUUUUAAUGCACGCUGCUAAAAGUUUUGCACAACAAGAGCAUGGAUUGGAGGUAGCAGAAACAAAUUUAAAAAAGCUUGCACUUAUUGUAACCCAAUUAGAAUAUCAAAUGGAAUCAGUUGAUAGAAGUUCUGUUUUAUUAGAGGAAGUUACUGAACAAGUUCGAGCAAUGCAACGUUAAAGAUGUUUCACAAUUUUUAUAGAUUUUAUUUGAAAUGUUCUCUCUCUUUCUGUAAUAAUUUAUUUCCUUCGUAUUU